AUGGGGGCCCCCCACUACCUCCCGCUGCAGCCUUUGCUGGGGCCCCCAACUGUACCCUGUCUUCUGGGGGCCCUUCGCAUCAGCAGCGCCCCUUGCGGGCUGCGUGGGGGUUUGAGAGCAGCAGAGGCCCCUGACGGUUCUGCUGCUGCUGAAGAUGCAGCAGCAGCAGCAGCAACAGCAGCCGACGCAGACCCAGCAGCAGACAGCAGCAGCAGCAACGCCACCCUCUUAGCAGGAGCCGCGGACUCACUAGGCGUUCAGCUGCCAGAAAUUGAUUGGGGAGACCUUCCAAAGCCCAGCAGCAGCAGCAGCAGCAGCAGCAGCAGCAAUCCGGGGCUGAACGACCUUACCUGUCUUCCGGGGUCCUCUUGGCGGCUGCCGCCGUCAACAGAGGAGAUGGCAGCAGCAAAAGUUGCUGCGCGUCUGCUGCUGCUGCUGCUGCGCCGCUGCCCGCAGCUGCUGCUGGCUGGGGACGACCUCACGGAGGAGCAGUGGGAGCUAACAACGGCAGCAGCAGCAGCACCGAGCGCAGCAGCAGCAGCAGCAGCAGCAGGAACAGGCGGGUGCAGCAGCAGCAAGACCCGUCAGCAGCGUCGCUCAACGGCAGCAGCGCCCCCCACAGCAGCAGCAGCAGCAGCAGCAGCAGCGUGCCUGUGGUGGCGGGGAUUGGCUUCAGCGUGGGCGUAUCUCCAGAAGGCCUCGGCGCAGUGCUGUCUGCUGUUAUUCGCUGCGUGUCUUGUCUUUCUCCUCCUGCUGAGUGGCUUGCUGAGA